UAAUAAUUUUAGUGUCAACGUUGCAGUCCUAUUCCGAAUUCCGGAUCCAUAAGCUGUAUUGAAAUAUUGGAAAGGAAACGAAAUUGAAACGGCAUGUGCGAAGUUGCUGGUCAAAAUGAAAUUAACCAGAGUUAUUGUUUCAAAUGGAAUGAUUAUCAGAAUCAUUUAUCUGAUGUAAUUCGUCAAUUAUUGGAAGAUGAUUGUAUGGUGGAUGUUACACUUUCUGCAGCAGGAGAACGUAUUCAUGCUCAUCGCAUUGUUCUAUCAGCUUGCAGCACGUUAUUUCAAGAAGUUCUGAGUCAGGUUAAUGAGGAUCAUCCUACUAUAAUAUUAAGUGAUAUAUCUGCUCAGGAUAUAAAAUCAAUAAUUGAAUUUACUUAUCAUGGAGAAGUACGUAUUCCAGUAGAAAAUAUUAAUAGUGUAUUGGAUGCUGCACGGUCAUUAAAAAUAUGUGGACUUAUCGAGAUUGAUGAUCUUGACGAAAGUGAUAAUGUUAUUGACAGUAAAGAUGUAACUGAUGAUAAUAUUGACUCUAUACCUGAAAUUAAUGAAACAGAUGAAAGUGAGUUAAAUACAUUAAGUGAUAAAUGUGAAAUAGAGAAUUUAAAGGCCGAAGAAAAAACGACAGAUAACUCCAUUUUAAAUAAAAAAAGGAAAAGAAGACGUGAAGCAAUUAAAAGAGAAUAUAGCGAUGACAUGUUGGCAUCAGCUAUUAAUGAUUUAAGACUUGGCCAAACUUUAAUAGAAGCAGCUACAAAACAUAACAUACCACGUUCGACAUUAUAUAUGCGUGCUAAAGCAUUGGGUAUACAUUUAAAUGCAUCUAGGAAUGAAUAUCCUGCUGAAUGUAUGAAAGCAGCAAUAAAUGCUGUAAUCGGAGGUUCUAGUCUACAACAUGCAUCAGAAAUGUUUAGUAUUCCUAAAACUGUAUUGUGGAGACGUAUACAAAAGGAAGGAUAUCAAAUAUUACGUUCAGAAAUGAAAAGAUCUUAUGGUUCAGAUAAACGUGAAGCAGCUGUUAAAGCUUUAGAAAGAGGAGAAAAUUUAACUAAAGUUGCUCUUGAAUUUAAGAUACCUAAGACAACAUUAUUUAGGGAUAAAGCGAGAUUAGUUGACGAAGGCAAGUUGCCACUUUCAUUUUGGAAAAAACGUAAAACAGAAAAUGAGGAGUUAAAAAAGUCAAGAUUAGAAGAAGCAGUAGCUGCUUGUAAAGGAGGAAAAAUGUCUCAAGCAGCAGCAUCUAUGGCUUAUGAUAUACCAAAGACUACAAUAUGGAGGCGGUUACAACAGGAUAGUAAAAAAUCGGAAAGAUCAGCAAAUAAAAAAAAGCAACAGAGGACCAUUGAAACAGCAUCAAAUAUGGUAGAUAAGCCAAAGCAAGAAACCUCAGAUUUUGCAUAUUGCGAGGUUGCAUCAGAAAUUCCAGUAACAUAUAUAGAUGAAAAUAGCAUACCGGAGGAUUCUGUUAUUAUUUUAACAACAGAGGAUAUGGAUGGUCUUAAUUUAGAAGAAGGAAGACAAAUCAUUGUAAAUUCUGUAUCAAGCCAUGAAUAUAUUCCAUGUAAUAUAAAUAUAGAAGAUAAUUCUAAUUAUACACAACCAGAAAGUUAAUAUCAGUAAUACAAAUGAGCUAUACAAAUAAUUUAUACCUUGUAGCUAUUGAAAAAUAUUGAUCCAUUAACCAUCUGUUUAUUACACUCAACUGCAUUUUAUAUUUAUCAUUCACUUUUUGUUAUGACUAUGAUUUAAUUUAUCUCUUAAUUUAUUAUAGAUUUACAAAACUAAAGCGACGAA